AUGGAUUUGGCAAGCGCCCUGGUCCGGAGCGUUGUUCGCGCUUUCUACGAAACCCGUCAGAUUCUGGUGGUCGAUGCGCUGUUUAUACACUCGGUACUUCAUGCCGAAGACCUCGCGCAUCUACUCGGCAUGCAGCAGAAGGAUUUGCGGAAGCUUUGUUCUAAAUUGCGGGAAGACCGCCUUAUAGCAGUUCAUACACGAAGUGAAAUUCGUGAAGGUUCAACUCGGCCCGUGAACCGCGAUUACUACUAUAUCCCGCUGCACCCAGUCAUUGACGCAAUCAAAUAUCGAGUACUUCGUUUAACGUCCACAAUCAAAGCGCAGUAUACGCCGAGCGAGGAUCGGAAGGAAUAUAUAUGUCUACGAUGUGGAUCAGAGUGGACCGAACUCGACGUUCUUAGUCUCUACAGCGAUGAAGGAUUCGAAUGUCAAUCCUGCGGUGCUAUUUUGGAACGUACUGAAGAUGUCAAAGGCACGGAGGGCCUCGACCGUACGGGUCACGAGAAGAAUAGUAAACUAAUGGCUCAACUGGAAGCAUUUACAACUCUGCUCAAACAAAUCGACGCAACAGAUAUUCCGAUCAACGAUUUUGAGACCGCAUGGGAUCACAAGGUCGAAGUGAUUCGCAACCAACAAACCCAUCCCUCAAAACCUGCCAUCGCUGCAGCAGCGAAACAACCAGCAGCAGUUCGCGGGAUCCAGAGAGUUGACGCAGCCGCAAUUGAAGUGUCGGUCCAGUCGUCGGCCGAGAAAACCGCCGCCGAACAAGAGGCAGACGCAGCUCGCAAAGCGGCUUUUGAGAAACAAAACGCUCUCCCCGUCUGGCAUACUCAUUCAACCGUUUCCACUACCGCCGGUAACGUGGGCCAAAUGAAGGCCGAAACAGACGCGGAAGUCAAAGCCGAAAUCAAAGAUGAAGGCGAUGAGGCAAAACCAAGCAUGGAUGCGCUGGACGACAUCGCAGCAUAUUACGCCGAGAUCGCCAAAGCCAAAGCCGAAGAAGCAACCUCGCCGGAUGAAGAUGACUCUGAUGAUGAGGAUGAAGACGAUUUUGAGGAUAUCUCUGUUGUAGGCACACCGGCCGCGACUACACUUGGCCAAGGCCCAACCAGUGCGCCGGCUUUGGGACGCUCCCCCAUGGCUGGAAUCAAACGAGAAUUGGAAUCAGAGUCCGGUAGUAGUGCGCCUCAAACUGCCACCGAUACGCCUGCUACUCCAGCCGAUGAUGGUCCGGUUUCUAAGAAGAUCAAAACGGAGGAAGACUCUGUCAAGAAAGAGGAAGAAUCCGAUGAAGACGAAGAAUUUGAGGACGUUUCGUGA